AUUUACAAUUAGCGGAGUAGUUUUAUUCUUAACUUUAAUUCAAGAAAUCCAAUGAUUUAAAGAAUGAUGAUCAUCAUUUUAAUUUCACCUUUUUAUUUUUUUUGUCUUCGACGGAGAUCUCUCUCCUGCCGUAUAUAUCUCUGGGAUUCCCCUCUCGUCUCUCCCUUGUCUCUCUCUUUCUCUCUGUUCUCUGUCUCUUUCGUAGCAAAAGCAGAAACAAAAAAGAAGAAGAAAAAUGUCUAAUAACGAAGACCCAAUUAAUGAGUUUGUCUCCAAUGGAGAUUCAUUUGAGAAAGUGAAACAAAGACUCAAAGACCGAUCAAAGAAAGUGGCUCAAACGAAGGAAAUACUAUCAAAACAAGCCAAUCAAACAAAGGAGAUCUUAUCUAAGCAAGCAGUUAAGAUUGCAAAACAAGCCGAGGAACAUGAAAGCUUUAUUAAUAAGGUGACUCAUCUUCUUGGUGUUCUUGGGUUCGGGGGAUUUUGCUUCCUCUUGGGAGCAAGGCCGCAAGAUAUUCCUUACGUUUACUGUUUGUUCUUUUUUAUAUUUGUUCCUCUUCGGUGGAUAUAUUAUCGGUUCAAGAAAUGGCAUUAUUUUCUCCUGGAUUUUUGUUAUUAUGCCAACACAAUAUUCUUGGUUGACCUUCUUCUAUAUCCAAAAGAUGAAAAGCUUUUCAUGGUUUGCUUCUCAUUUGCUGAAGGGCCACUAGCAUGGGCAUUGAUUGUUUGGCGUUGUAGCUUGGUUUUUAGCUCUGUGGACAAAAUUGUUAGUGUCCUUAUACAUCUGUUACCUGGUUUGGUCUUCUUCACUAUACGCUGGUGGAAUCCUGCAACCUUUGAAGCCAUGCAUCCUGAAGGGACGUCAGGCAGAGCAUCGUGGCCAUAUGUAGAAGAUAAAUCGUUCCUGUUUACUUGGCUGUUCUUGGUGCCCUUAGUUGCUUAUUUUCUGUGGCAACUUCUUUAUUUUCUCAUUGUCAAUGUCCUGCGUCGGCAGAGGCUGUUAAGAGAUCCUGAAGUCAUGACUUCUUACAGGGAGCUCUCAAAGAAAGCGCAAAAAGCAAAUAAUGUAUGGUGGCGUUUAAGUGGUUUGCUGGGGGAUCAGAAUCGCAUGCUUAUGUACAUUCUGUUGCAAGCUCUAUUUACUGUGGCAACUACAGCACUGACAGUCCCCAUCUUCUUGUCCUACGAACUGCAUGCGGUUUUCCAGAUACUCAAGGUUUCGGCUGCUGUAUGGAAUGGAGGAAGCUUUCUGCUAGAUGUGAUGCCAAGACAGGUGAUUCUCAAAGAGAAGAAGAAAUCAGAGUUGCAGCCAGCACAUAUCCAGCAAUAUCACUCAGAACCGAAGCAAGACCAAUCCCUAAAUUCAAUGGAAAUUAGGAUGAAGACAAUCCAUUCUGCUGAGGAGCAGUAGUCCUAACAGUUAUGUAUAAAUUACUUAUGUAGCACUUGUAACAGAACUGAUGUACUGUGUAGUAACUCAUUUCUGUGUGUGAAAAAAGGUAGCUACCUUAGCUCGCAA